AUGGCCAUGACUCGCUUGAUCAGCAACGACAACAGCACCGAAGAAGACUUGUUUGAUAUGUCUGACGAGGACAGGUUCUUUGACGUUGAUGCAUUAUUCAGUAAUGAAGAAGAAGAAGAAGAUGGUGUCGAUACUCAGCAGCAACAACAAGAGCAACGUACACCGAUUCUUCCUCAUCAACAGCCAGACUACUGUUUACUUCCAGCAGAGCAUCAGAAGCCGCAGACGCAGCCUUUUCCUUAUAACUUCCCUGAGUUGAUCAGCUUUGAGCAGGAACCAGUGAUCCCAGAGGAUUUUGAAGAUUUCUUCGCUGAUUUCAUUAAGCCACAUUCACUGAACGGAGAUGAGGAUUCCAGCAGUUAUGGUUUAUUUGAAGGCUUUGACACACAAGGAAUGAUAAAAGAUUGCACUAACUGAUCAUCUCAGCCUACUCAUACUUUUGCAUUUUGGUCAAUAUCAGAGAUAAGAUUUCCAUGUGUUUUUUUUACUAGUUGUUAAUAGCUCUGUUUCC